GCUUCCAACUUUUCGUUGGAUUCGAAAGAACACAGCUUCAUGUACAAGGCAAAAAUUAGUUCUUUGUAGGGAAAUGGCUGGCUGGAUCACAUUUCCAUUAAAGCGAUCCGAUGGUGUUGAUUAUAAAAAGCCGUUGGAAAAAUUUAUCAAGAACACAUUCUCUGCUGAGACAGCGGCAGAUAAUGAAGACGCCAUUUCUGAGCUUUCGAAGUUAAGGAAUACUGUUGUAAUGCAGACUUUGGAUAAACAUGAAUCAUCUUUAGAUCCAGUGCUCAGGUACUAUGAUCAACUAGAAGCAAUGGAGGGGAAACUUCCUGUUUCAGAAUCACAGAUAAGAAUCUCAUAUACGUGGUAUGAUGCAUUUGACAAAGGAUCCUUGUUUGGUUAUCGGAAAAGUUCCAUGUCAAGUCUGCAGUAUGAGCGGCUCUGUGUGUUGUUUAAUAUUGGAGUUUUACAAGGACAAAUUGCUGCAGCUCAGAAUUUCCAAACAGAUGAGGGAUUGAAAACUGCAGCAAAAAUGUUCCAGUCAGCUAGUGGAGUCUUUCAGCAAUUGAAGGACAAAGUGUUUCCUGAGCUGCAUCAGGUACCAACACCUGAUCUGUCUGUGGAGAUGUUGACAUUUUGUGGUGCCGUUAUGUUAGCUCAAGGUCAAGAAAGUAUCUGGAACAAAACUGAGCAAGAUAAAAUGAAGGAUGCCGUGAUAGCCAAGGUUGCUGCACAGGCAGCAGACUUUUACAAGAGUGCACUUAGUGCUGCCCAAGUACAGACCGUUAAACAAAUGCUGGAGAAGGAGUGGAUUUCUAUUCUGUCAGCGAAAUCGGAAUUUUUUAAAGCGAUAGCAGAGGAUCAUAUGGCUCUAGUGGCCAAAGACAAAGGGGCAUAUGGCGAAGGAGUGACAAGAUUCAAGCAAGCUGAACAACAAAUGGCAAAUGCUGUAAAGCAGAGCAUGGGACUCGUGGACUUCAAGACGUGGGAAGGCAGGAUCAAGCGUGAGGCCACCCAGCUUAAGAAAGACAACGAUUUUAUCUAUCAUGACAGAAUGCCUGAUAUAGAUUCUCUAGCACCCAUUGGUCGCGCCGCUCUCGCCAAAUCCUUACCGCUUUCCAAACCAGCCUCAUCCAAAUUUACAGACUUGUUUACCAAGUUGGUGCCCAUGGCUGUCCAUAAUGCACUUCAAGCGUAUGAAUCUCGCAAAGGAGAAAUCAUCAGUUUCGAAGUUGGCCGACUUCGCGAAGGAACGCAAUUAAUGAACAGUGUUCUUGCGUCGCUGAACCUACCGGCGGCCAUAGAAGACUUAUCGGGACAGACAAUUCCUAAGUCGGUGUUGGACAAAUCUGCUGCGGUGAACGAGAAGGGAGGUCUGAAUGCCAUCGAUAAAUUGAUGCAGGAUUUGCCAGAACUGCUUCAAAGGAACAGAGAAGUCCUGGACGAGGCAACGCGAAUGAUGGACGAAGAGGAACGUCAGGACACACAAAUGAGAGAACGCUUCACGACUAAAUGGACUCCAAAACCGUCAGCUGAGCUCACGAUGCAGUUGAGACAGGAAGCUGACAAAUAUCGCGGCAUUUUGGAGAAUGCAGUGCGAGCUGACGAUAUUGUUAGAGAAAAAUACAAUAACCAUCGACGGAAUAUGGAUCUACUGAGUAAAGGAGAGGCGGAAUUGGCAGCAGCCAUACCUAAAGUUGGAGCUGCGUCAUCUUCUUCAGCUUCCACCCCGGCUGUGCAAGAGCUGAGGAAACUAAUGGAGCAAGUAGACACUAUCAAAGCCGAAAGGGAUGGUAUAGAACAGGACCUGAAAGUACAGCCAGACGAUAUGGCUGUAAAGUUUCUGAGCGCCCUGGCUGCUGAUGGAACAAUACCUGAUGUUGAGAGUAUCAUCAGUUCUAAUCUGAGUGCAGGCUUUGAUUCAGUGAAGGAAACUGUUUCUGAGAGUAUUGCGAGACAGGAGAAGAUUCUGGCAGCAGUACAGGCUACUAAUGAUAAGUUUGUGAAAGAAAAGCAGUCUGGACAGGCAGCUACUGAACGGGAAACUAUGCUAAAGGAUCUGGCGACAGCUUAUGACAUCUACAUGGAGUUAAUUGGUAAUCUGCAAGAAGGAACCAAGUUUUACAAUGAUUUUACGCCGAUACUGGUGCGUUACCAACAGAAAACUAGUGAUCUCGUUUUCGCUCGAAAAACAGAGCGGGAAGAGUUGUCUAGAGACCUCCAGAAGACGAUAGCAAACCAACCGGCGGAACCAACACCUCAAGCGCCACCACAUCAUCAACCUCCAGGUGCGCGGGUGCCUCCUGGCCGCCCUCCGCCUCCAUCCACCCAGCCACAGCAACAGCAGCAUCGGCCUACAGCCCCUACUCCAGCUGCGCCUCCUAUGGCUCCUCCACCAGGAGGUCCCCAACAGUACCCCGCUCCGCAGUAUCAACCUAUGCCUCCUCCCGGAUACAUGCCCUAUCAGUACGGAGGGUACCCCGGAUAUGCACCUCCCCUACCACCUGGUUAUUACAACUACGGUGGUUAUGGAAUGCCGCAGGGAUACCCCCCUCAGGGACAACAACCUCCCCCGGGAGGGUACCCACGUCAGUAGAUCAUGUUAAUUGUAUAAGGUCUCAAGCAUAAAGUUAAUUGAGGGCUAGUCAUGAAUCUUCUCUUUUCUUAGAAAGACCUAACUCUUGGGGGAGGGGAAUAUUUAAGAUUCACAACUAGUCCGGUAGAUAGAUAAAAACUGUCAUUAUAACGUAGGUAUAGUUUCUAAUAAAUGUUUUCAGGAAAGUUUAUCGAGAGCAAGCAUAUCUAUGUGUUCAUUCACCAAUGUAAAAUUACGGCUAAAAAUCACGGAUGUAAAAUCACAGCUAAAAAUCACGUUUGUAAAAUCACGGAUACAAGAUCAGGGACAUAAAAUCAGUGAUUCCAAAUCUUUUUUAAACUCUCAUUGGAAUCCACGCGCUUUAAAAUCCUCAAAAAUGGCACACUGAUCAAAAAGAGAAUUCGUUUUCGGUAGCUAAGAUAAACCAGGUGUCUCGAUUGAAUCAGGCUGCAAGAGUUAGACCGCAAGACCGAUCAACAGGUAUACUACUAAAGAUGUAUGAAAUUGAAAGAGAAAAUUAGAGGGUGCUUUAAUUACAGCUAUCAGUUACAAACUUAUCCUUGCCUGUCGAACGGGCAGAGUAACGGGUUCAAGUUUGAGCAGUUGGGUGACAGUGAGAUUGUUAUUGUUAAAUUGGAAUUUUUGCUUCCGUUUUCUUUUUUGUGCGAUAGUCCUUUAAUGUAAACGAUGUGGCUUAUCUUAUUGAGACUUUUCCAUUGUUGUUCGCUAGGAAAAAAAAACAUUCUUGAUAUAUAAUAAAUCAAGAAAGCACUCUA